UGAAAAUGUAGUCUCUGAAGUAAUUUCUUUCUCUUUUGUUUUCCAGUAUAAGUAUAGAGACCUAACUAUACAGGAGACCACCAGUGUAAUAACUCAAUACAAGGACCUCAAACCUGUCAUGGAUUCAUAUGUUUUUAACGAUGGUUCAUCUCGGGAGUUGAUGAGCCUCAGUGGAACCAUUCCUGUGCCUUACAGAGGUAACACAUACAAUAUCCCAAUUUGCUUGUGGCUGCUGGACACCUACCCUUUCAACCCCCCAAUUUGUUUUGUUAAACCCACUAGCUCUAUGACAAUAAAAACUGGGAAGCACGUCGAUGCAAACGGAAAGAUAUACCUUCCUUAUCUGCAUGAGUGGAAAUAUCCUCAGUCAGACUUGCUGGAGCUGAUUCAGGUCAUGAUUGUUGUGUUUGGAGAAGAACCUCCAGUCUUUUCUCGGCCCACUGCUUCAUCGAGCUACCCACCAUACCAGGCAACAGGCCCACCAACUACUUCCUAUAUGCCAGGAAUUCCAGGUGGAAUAUCUCCCUAUCCAACAACAAAUACUCCAAACCCAAG